AUCGAGCAUUCGGCGAACAUAGCCACGUUGCCGCCCGUCGGACUUAGUCUCUGAACAAUGACAGAGCAGCCGAAUGGCCUCAAUUCGUCUCACGCUCGAAAAAGGAAAGGUCGAGGUGAAGGCUCGAUGGACAGACCUCUCGGUGUGGUUGAAAAAUCGAAUGAAGGGGAGCCACCCAAUCAAAAAUUUAAAGGGAACAGUAUUGGAAGUUCCGUACAAUCUAGAAAGGGUACAGCAUUGAGCCAGACCAUAUCAUCGGCAAGUGUAAAGAGUCGGGCAGGGAAAGAUGGCUUGCUGCAUAAAGUCAAGUCGGAACGAGUUGCUAGUGUAGCCAGCAGAGAUCUCUUUGCACCGGACAAAGUAAGAGUGAGGAAGGACAAGACGACUGGCAGUGGAUCGGAGGUCAAAGUAAAGAUGGAGACGAUGCCACAUUCUCAGAGAUUAAUGGAUGCUAAUCAUGUCGAAUCAGUGAAAAUAAAAAAGGAGGAGAGUCCGAAAAAGAAGGCAACGGUUGUGUCCUCGACUCUGUCCACAGAGCAGGUUAAUAUCAGAUCAGACGGCAAGGCUAUAGACAAAGUUGUCAGUCAACCAAGACCGGGGGUUCUAGAAUCGGACGAUGAAGAUAGUGAUGACGUUCCACUGACUUGUGUGUCAGGCAGGAAGAUGGAGACUCUCGAGCCAACACCGAAACAAGUUAAAAAGGAACCGAAUAGUGAGGAGGACGACGACUUGCCGCUGGCGAAGAAAAUUACCUCUACUGAUUUGGGGAAAGAAAUCAAGUCGGAGAAACAUCAAAGUACGAAGUCGAGUGUGCCAAAAGAAAAGAAAUCAAGCAGUAAAAAGACAGACAGUAGCAAGUCGUCUGAAUCUAGAAAGCGGUCGAAGUCGGGAGAAAACGACUCGGAUAUGAAAUUGAAAGGCGCAUUGCCAGCUAAGAAGAUUAAGAGCGAGUUGGAUGAAGAAGACUUUAAGGAUUGCAAACCUGCAAAGAAAUCAAAAGCAAAGAAAGUCGUUGCUACGAAGAGUCCAGAGAAGAGAGGGAAAAGGGUAAAGAAAGAGGAACCUGCAGAAGUAUGGAAAUGGUGGGAAGAAGCUCCGCUGCCAGAAGGCGUUCGCUGGCUGACACUCGAACACAAAGGUCCGUACUUUGCUCCUCCGUAUACCGUCUUACCCAGCCACGUACAUUUCAGAUAUUCUGGCAACCCACACAAAUUGUCACAAGAUGCCGAAGAAGUUGCCGGCUUUUUCGCGAAGAUGUUGGAUCACGAGUACACAAGCAAGGACGUGUUCAAGAAGAACUUCUGGGAAGAUUGGAGGAAGGCAAUGACAAGCCAAGAACGGAAGGAAAUAACAGACUUUGAUAAGUGUGACUUUACUCUCAUCAACGAGUACUACAAACAAUUAUCCGAAGAAAAGAAGCAGAUGAGCAAGGAAGAGAAACAGAAAAUCAAAGAGGACAACGAGAAGCUCCAGCAGGAAUACGGUUUUUGUGUCAUCGACGGUCACAGGGAAAAGAUCGGAAACUGGAAGAUAGAGCCACCCGGCUUGUUUCGAGGACGAGGAGACCAUCCAAAAAUGGGGAAAUUGAAGAAACGAACACAGCCUGAGGAUGUGACAAUAAAUAUCGGCAAAGAAGCGGCAGUACCGGUACCACCAGCCGGUAGAAAAUGGAAACACGUACAACACGAUAACAAGGUAACUUGGCUUGCCGCGUGGAACGACAACGUAACUGGCAACAUCAAGUACGUCUUACUGAACGCGUCAUCAAGACUGAAGGGUGAAAAAGAUUGGCAGAAGUACGAGACUGCACGCAACUUAAAAAAACAUAUUGAUAGAAUUAGACAGCAGUAUAGAGAAGACUGGAAAGCAAAGAUGAUGCACACACGGCAAAGAGCCGUCGCUCUCUAUUUUAUCGACAUACUUGCAUUGAGAGCUGGGAAUGAGAAAGACACAGAUGAAGAGGCAGACACUGUUGGCUGCUGCUCACUUAGAGUCGAACAUAUUACUCUUCACGACAGUCUGGAUGGGCAAGAGUGUGUAGUUGAGUUCGACUUUCUGGGCAAGGAUUCCGUACGAUACUACAAUCGAAUCUCCGUCGAAUCUCGGGUGUACAAAAACUUGAAACAUUUUAUGAAGAAUAAGGAGCCAGGGGACGACUUGUUCGAUCGUUUGUCUACAUCGGAACUGAAUAAACAUCUUCAAGAGUUGAUGCCCGGUCUAACAGCUAAAGUGUUUCGUACGUACAAUGCGUCGAUUACUCUACAGAAUCAGCUGGAGGAGUUGACGAAUGCUGCUGAUUCUAUUCCUGAGUUGAUGCUUUCAUAUAAUCGUGCGAAUCGACAGGUUGCCAUCCUCUGCAACCAUCAGCGGGCUGUGCCCAAGACGUUUGAGAAAUCUAUGGCAAAUUUGAAGGGCAAGAUUGACGAAAAGUUAGAGAAACUUGCCGAGGCACAGAAGGAACUCAAACAGACAAAGAAGGAAGCGAAAGGCUCCGCAUCGAGCAAAGCCGAAUCUACGGUGGAGAAAAAGAAAGCGGCAGUGAAGCGUGUGGAGGAACAAUUACGCAAGCUGGAAGUUGCACAGACCGACAAGGAAGAGAACAAGACCAUUGCACUCGGCACUUCCAAGCUCAACUACCUGGACCCUCGAAUAUCAGUGGCAUGGUGCAAGAAGCACGGCGUUACCAUCGAGAAGGUCUACAACAAGACGCAGAGAGACAAAUUCAAUUGGGCCAUCGACAUGGCUGACGAGACGUUCGUAUUCUGACGAACUAGGCGGCGUGUCGAUUGCUCAACUCUAUUUAUUCCGUGUCUUUUUACUAUUGAUACAGUUCCGAGAGAAAUGCAAUCAAUGUCAGAAAUAGCGCAUCCGCCAGUGGGGACUCCACAUCCGCACUGACGUAUUAGUGACGUCAUCUCAGAGUAGGCAUCGA